CCCCCACCAGCGGAUUGUUUCGUGUUGGACUGGUGAUGGAGACCGGAGGAUAAAAAUCAAAGCGGCGAGGAACGGAGGAGACUUGAUAUUAAACGUGUUGUGAAAAACGAGGGAGUGUGAUGGUAUAAGAAGAAAUCAUGCCGCUAGUUAAAAGAAACAUUGAGCCAAGGCACUUGUGCCGGGGAACCUUGCCAGAAGGGAUCACCAGCGAGCUUGAGUGUGUCACCAAUAAUACGCUGUCAGCCAUCAUCCGGCAGCUUAGUAGCCUGAGCAAACAUGCAGAAGAUAUUUUUGGAGAAUUGUUCAAUGAGGCCAAUAAUUUCUAUUUAAGAGCCAAUUCACUGCAGGACAGAAUCGAUCGACUUGCUGUAAAAGUCACACAGCUCGAUUCGACAGUUGAGGAAGUUUCCCUUCAGGACAUCAACAUGAGAAAAGCUUUCAAGAGCUCAACAAUCCAAGACCAGCAGGUUGUUUCAAAGAACAGUAUUCCGAAUCCAGUGAUUGAGAUGUACAACCAGAGUGACAAACCACCUCCACUCAAUAUUCUCUCUCCAUACAGAGAUGACAAGAAGGAUGGACUUAAAUUUUACACUGAUCCAUCAUAUUUCUUUGACCUGUGGAAAGAGAAAAUGCUUCAAGAUACAGAGGAUAAAAGGAAGGAGAAGAGAAGACAAAAGGAGCUAAAGCGGGUAGAUGGCACCACUCGUGAGGUGAAAAAAGUUAGAAAGGCCAGGAACAGAAGACAGGAAUGGAACAUGAUGGCAUAUGACAAAGAGCUCAGGCCUGAUAACAGGUUGUCCCAAAAUAUUUACCACGGAGCUUCUUCAGAGGGAUCCCUUUCCCCAGAUAAUAGGUCCCAUGGCUCAGACCUGACUGAUUACUCCUAUCCAGCAACUCCCAACCACCGUCAGCACCAACAGGGGACAGUGGCCACCCCAUACAUAAUGGGGGAUAACCAGCAGCACAUGAUGAAUGUCAACCAGAUCCUGGAACAUGACUAUCGUCCCAUGGCUGUGGGAUAUCGACAGGGGACCCUUAACCGUCCUCAGCAGCCACCACCGCCUCCACCACCGAACACUAAUGGAGCUCUCAAUGGCACUGCCCCACCUCCUCCUGCUGAGUACAGUCUGUCCCCAGCUCAGAUCAUGGAGUAUUACAGCUCUGGAGGUCCCCCACCGCCUCCUCCUGUUCCAGUGAUUCCUUCAGCUCAGACAGCAUUUGUUAGCCCCAUGCAAGUGCCUAACACACCUAAUGCUCAUUCUGGACCAAUGACUGCUGCUGGGUAUGGUGUGCCCCCACCUCCUCCACCUGGGCCCGUAGUAACAGCACCACCACCUCCAGGACCUCCGCCCCCUCCUCCACCUGGCCCACCUCAGCCUAGUCUGCCUCACACAGCAUCACCCUUGCAUGGCUCUUUAGGGCUAGAAGCCAAAAGAAAUGAGGUUCUUCCGCAUCCUGUCAGUGAUGCCAGGAGUGACCUUCUGUCUGCCAUACGUAUGGGUAUCCAACUGAAAAAAGUCCAGGAGCAGCGAGAGCAGGAGGCUAAAAGAGAGCCAGUGGGCAAUGAUGUGGCCACAAUUCUGUCCAGACGCAUAGCUGUGGAGUACAGUGAUUCAGAUGACGAUUCUGAAUUUGAUGACAACGAGUGGUCGGAUUAAGAUAUAGAAGGCUGCCCACUAUUAGACAGAGAGAUACACAAUUUUGCGUUAAGAGUUUCAAACCCUCACAAAGAUCCUAUACUGCUGCCCAGUAAAGAUAUAGUAUUGAAAUCCUUUAUUUUAAAUUUCAGCGUAUGUUUAAUUUAAUCUGGGUUAUUUUCUGAGUUAAUUGACUAUAAUUUAUGUAACAUAAAAAAAUGAACAGAACAGUUUUUUAAAGCGUUUCUAUUAGAGUAUGGAAAAUAGAGCAGUAUAGCAAAGUUAGCUUUUUUAAAAUUUAGUAACUUAAGCACAAAAUAUUAAAAUUAACCAUUCAGAGGGAAAUUUUUAGCUUUGAAAUAUUUAAGCAUUUUCUAGGUAAUUAUAUUUUUGUUUAGACACACAGUAUUUGGCAUGAAAAACUUUAUACACAGAGUGGCAAACACCACUGUCCACUUCAAGGCAUACGCCAAGAUAAAAUGAAGCUUACAAGUGGCCAGUGGCAUCAAAGAUCAGGCCAGCGUAGUAUUUGGUGAAUAGCCAAUACAGAGAUCUUUCGUAAGAAUGUUUUUUCACCACUCAUGUUAAAGCCAACUGAAAUGAAGAAAACAAUGAAGCACCUUUAUCAUGGUCUUGAAAUACAAUGCACUGUUAGACUAAAACUGUUUUAAUCGCACAUUUGUUUCAAGGUUAUUUCCUCUACUUUGGAAUGCUGUCGGUCAUCCGUAGCUCUCAGAUUUGUCUAGCUUAUCAUCAUGAAAUGCACGGUGAUGCACAGACUUUCCAUUUUCUGUUUCUUGAGCUUUUCGUUUUUGUUGCUUUGCUCUUAAGUAACCUAUUAAGCCGUUAUGCUAAAUACAGUAUUAUGACUAAAUGAUUGCCUUUUUUAUGCACCGUUAAACAUGCUCUCACUUUUUGUAAAUGACUCUGCAGUAAGUCAAGGCCCAUUGUGCCCAAAUUGCUGUGUUAUGUAAGCCAUUUGCUCAGAGCUGGAUGUCAUUCAGCAACCGAGUCUGUUUCUGUGAGCUUUGCUGAGUGUUUCUAGCUUAUCAGACUUUGCUUUACCAGUUGAUGGUGGCUCUGCAUGCCUCCAGUGGUCUGCCCCAGGUUUUUAAAUCUACCUUUAAACAAUGUUUUUAGCAUCUCAUAUAACCUGGCACCAGGUCUAGUCCGUUACCCUUUACUAAGCCUGAAUGCCCAGCUGAAGAAAAAGUCAGUGCACUAAGGAGGGUGAACACCAGCAUGGGAGUGGGUCUCGCUCUUGGCCUAAAUAUUAAACUCUCCUUCUCUCUAUUUUUUCCUGUGUAUGAAUCUGUUCUGAUGUUACACAAAAAUGCUGAGUGCAUGGUUAUUGCCUUUUAUUACAGUUUUCAAGAAGGUUCAUAAUAAUUUUAUUAUGCAAAAUAAACUACAUUUCUUUAUAUAUUCAGCCAUAUCCCAAUUCCUGCUUUUCCAAUUACAACUCAUACAUUUCUUUGAUCAUCUUCCUGUUUUCUGUAUUGUUAGAUGUACCAUUUUAUUCACUUUAUUGUUCCACAGAUUUCCUGUCUCCACUUUUACUGUGAUCUUGGGCAUCUUUAGGGUUGAAAAUAAUUGUCAUGUCUUGCUCCUUCAAGACUGUCCAAGGCCUUUUUAAGCCCUUCCUCCAGCGCCCCCAAGCACCUCUUUCAUACUGGUUAUUCUCCCAGUCGUUUUUGCUUCACAUGCCUAAAGCUGACUCUGCGACCAAGGGAUAGGAUAAGGUUAACAUCCUUCUUGCAUGUUGUAAAAGGCAACUAAAGGAGUUUAGAGUAUCCAGCCUUAAACAUUUCUGCUCCAAUACACCGUGGGGACCCCGUUUAAUUCUUUAUCUUGACACUUAUUAUACAGAAAAUAACUAACACAAUAUACACUAAAACACAGAAAAGACUGAAUGGAAGCAGUAAACAUAAAAUAGUCUUUUUAUAGGUUGCAGUAGUAAUGUUGCAAAUGGCUGAAUUGCUAUAAACUCUCAUUCUUUCGUGUAUACACACACUGCGUACUCGCUGUAGAUGUGAAAGACCUUAGUAAUGAUUGUGUAACAUGUGCUUUAACAUAUGCUUUUUAAACCAGUUAUUGCUUGAUUAAUGUUACAUUGUAUUAAUUAUCCUAUUUGCAUCAGUGGGAUGACAUAGUAUAGCUGGUUGUAAAACAUUUAUUGAAAGCCCCAGGUUACAUUAAAUUCAUAAGGCUUGGCAGUAAUAUAUAUAAUGUGACUACAUUCCUGCCUGUUAGGUUUUUAAGCCAUAAAAUUCAGAAUAUAAAUAUAUGCUGACUGUCUCGCGUUGAAGCCUUCAUUAAAACAGCCGCCCAAAGAGAAUAUUUUGUGCUUAUUCGAUAAUCCACAACCCGGGCUUGUAAACAUACGUAACAACACAGGCCACUUUAUUAAAAAGAUCAUACAUGACACAAACCCCAGGGCCUUACUUCUGUUAAAGACAGCCAACAGACGUGUGUUUAACGCCGAGGUCCUACACAUGGUGGUACUGCUCACACUUGCUGAAGAAACAAAAAGAUUACAAUGUGAAAAAUGAUCAGUUUGAGCAGACACAGAAUACUUAACAAAAUGUGUAAUAUAUGGACAUUGGUUGUUGUAUCAUUAAUGUGCUGUUAAGUCAGAAGUUAUCUUGAUCCAUCCAGGUUGAGGAUUGUGGACCACUCAAGAAUGUUUGAAGUGACCUUGUCUUAUUUAUCUAACAUUAAUAAGUUAACAGAGUAUUGUUGACUUUUUAAAAAAAUACUGGACACACAGUUGGAAUUUUAGAAUUUACAUUUUAACAAUCAGGAAAUAGUGCCCAUGCGGCAACAGAAAUAGUUUGUGAAUUUUCAUUUUAAAAUGAAGUUCUCUGGCAUCUUUAAUGUUUUUCUUAGGUUUUAAUGUAUAUUUUAAAAAUAAAAGCAAAGCAUUGUGCAGAACUAAACAUACAGCAUUCCAUACAGAACAUAUCAAGGCCUUAAUGAAAAGUAACUUCAUAAAGUUGUAAAUUUGCGGUUAUCUUUAUUUGUACUGGGUUUACUCUGCUGUGCUCCCAGUCUUUCUGUGGUCAGGUAUACAGUGAAAAGAUCUCCAUUUUGUCUUUUUUUAUAAGCAUAUAUACAGGUUGCAUAUGAUACAAAGAAAAUAAAGAAAACCAUAAGAGCAUUCCAUAUAAUUAAAAAAAAAACACUGAAUCAUGAAUUGAAAUUUUUAGUAAUUGAUCUAAAGAACCUUUGGUGAUAUAGGUAGAAAAAUCUGUUAAAAUGUAUAAAAUAAAUACUCAAAGAUCACAGUAUCUACUACAGGAUGGCCUUCUCCUGCCUAUCUUAGUUUAAUUUUUUCAAAAUGCUAUAACAAAUCUUUAUCAUGGUAGUAAAGAUUGCAGUCUACAUAACAGUGCCUGCAUUGUCUUAGCCUUUGUACAGUCCAUACGCUUACACUUGUGACACUGAGUAGAAUUUGCCUUCUGGGAUGCUUGGAGCAUGUGCCAUGAGUUAUUGAAUGUAAGUAAAGCACUAAUUUAAGUGUACUUUCAUCACUAUAAUGACUUCAACUGCAGUAGCACAUAAAAAGGAGCACAUUUGAUUCAGUAAAUUUCAACAUUCUUUGUAUGACAAAUACAUGUUUAGUAGAAGGAUGUAGUCCAUUGCUUUACAGUUUUGCUCUCCCUUUUCCUUCCCAUUUUAAUCCAUCAGUCUGCAUUUAUUCAGGCCAUUCUUCUACUGACUUUAGCUCUCAUUAUCAUCCCAGACAUUCAUUGCAUGUGCUGCUCGGUGUGUGGCUUAGACAAUCCAUGACCAACGCUUCUAAAAAUGGAAAAAAAAAAUUAUAUUCUGUAGGUGCGCUGUUGUAAGAGAUCAUAAGCGGUUUACUGCAAGAGGCCCUUAAAAUAUAUUGUUUUUCUGGAUUGUGGCUUUGUAUCUGUUCCAAGAUUUAUUAAAAGACUGGUCGUUGGUAGAAUCAGCUGGUUCACCUUCAGCCAGAAAUAUCCUUGUGGCCCUUUGCUGUCCUUUUGCACAACUGUCAAAGUUUUAUAACAUAAUGUAUAUGCACACGCAUAAACACACAUAUAUAUAUAUAUAUUGCACACAUGUACAUGUACACUUAUCUAAAAUAGAACUACACAUAUAACAGAAGACUGGCAAAGUCAAAAACACGUCACUUGCAUAAUACAUGAUACAAACAAUGUGAGUCAGUAAUGUAAACUCAUGUCCUCUUUAUUCAGGUGUACUUAUUUACUGUGAACUUCAGUAUUUUGGUAUGUGCUUGGAGCAUGUUGGAUAUUGUAAAUAUAUUUUUAUUUUAUGCUAGUAAUAAUAGUUUCUUUGAAAUGCAAAGUCAAAAGUAUACAUCACAAUACAGGAAUUUAAUUCAACAUGAGCCAGCAAAUACAGUGACCUGAAUGCUUGCAGUUUUGCUAGCCCAUUUAAAUUGUUUGCUGUAAACAUCAUUUUUCUAAUGAAAUUUUCAGUAGCACUACUAAGAUUUAUUUAUUUUUUGGUUUUCAGUUCAAUUUGUUGUUGUGAUACCUCGACUGGAGGCAGUGAUAGCAUCUGACUUAAAUUCUGCUCUGUCUGAAUCUUAUUGGUGUUUUAAAUUCAGAGAUACUUUUUAACAUGAAUUAUUUGUCUAUUUGUCUAUUUACCAUUUAAGUCAAUCUGCAAAAGCUGGUCUUCAUAAUAUGUUUAAUCACAUUUAUUUUUUUUUAUUUAAUGGUUAAUUUUUUGGUAAUGGUUAUAAAAUAAUUUAUUUUAUGUUGCUGAAGUAAAUUUGUCUAAGGUACGUUAAGGCUGUCAUCUAAACCACUAACUAAUCUUGCAGUCACUUCCGAGGCCACACGUCAGCUUUAGCUUGGUGUGUGAGGUGUGCGUCAAUAGCAAAGAGACCAUGAACAUAUUUUUUUCCCCUUAAUAUAUUUAUUGUUAUUUCAUAUUGUCUCCAGAUUGUUUUAAUGUCAUUAAAUGGACAAAAAUGUGUUGUUAGGUCUAAUUUAUACUUGAUUUAGAAACAAACUUUUCCUGUUCUCCAUUCAAACAGUAACAUCCUCUAAUUUUAUUUUUUGUCUUAUAUUUUUUUCUUUAUAGCUCCUUUGUCAUUUUUUUUUACAAUGAUAAAAAGGAAAACAAAUUGCACGGUUAUGCUAGGGUGGUCCGCAAACAAACAAACAAACAUGUAGAAUCAUUUCUCCACUAAGCUAAUUUUUAUCUCUUAGCCCUAGCUUGCUGACUGUUGACAUUUUGGACAGAUUGGAAAACAUUUAGAGGUCGCUCCAUUCUGAAUAUUUUAUUUGUAUUGCUGCUACUUUUGUGGAGGGCUCUUAACCGGCUAAGUGAUUCAUAAACACCACAAAAAAAUGAAACAGAGAACAUUCUAACCCUAAGGUGGAGUUCGCAGAUCAUUAUAGUAAUAAUUGGAAUUUUCUACAACAUUCUAAUAUUAAGUAGGAGUUUCAAGAACAUUUUAGUAGUAGGUAGGAAUUACUAUUUUAGCCCUUUUUGAUGACAGAAUCCCAACAGAAACAAAAGAUGGGACAAAGCCUGCUGAGGCCAACAUUACCAGAUAUUCUUCAACGUCUUAAGCUGAAAAAAUUAAUCUUAAGAGCUGAAGUUGGAGGAUCUGGUAACAGAAAGACCAACGUCCUUCUCUGAUGUCCUUAUGGAAAAAGGCAAAGAAAGGUCUCUGUCAUUUCUCAAGAAUGAUGAUCCAAUCUUCAACAAAUUUGUGAACUGUCAUCACAUAUGCUAAAAGAGAAGUACAUUUCAUACCGACAAAGAGAGAGGAACAGAAACAGUUUAUUCUUCGAUUGGUUACUAACCAUUGCAAGAAUUUUCCAACUUCAUUAUAGCUAAUGUUAUAUACCUACAAGUGUGGAGCAGUUGUCUGCUGUUCAUUUCAGAUGUCCUAAACACUUCCCAAUGGAGCAACCUCAAAAUGUUGCCUGUUUGUUAUAAAAAUGAUAAAGAAUAAACUAGCCUUGUAGAGAACUUGAAUCUGUUAGUUUUUUCUUGGACCACCCUACUGUUCUGCACAUUAGGGAACUGGGAAAUUUUUUAUAGAAGCAAUCCAAGUAAAAUAAUUUGUGAUUUGACAAACCCCAAUGACUUCAUUCACAAUUAUUCAACACAAUUGUUAAUCCCUUUUUAUUUAGCAGUUGUGCCCCAAAUCUCUGCCAGUCUCUUUUUUUAUAUAUUGAGCAUGGUUAGCAUGUGUGUAUUUCACAAAUCGUCCUGUUGUAAAGGACCCACGUUUGUGGGAGAGAAUGAAACCAAGAGCCAUACUGAACUAAUCAGCAUAAACCAAAUUUAGCAAAUGUCUUGUUUCACCACACAACACAAUUUUUGAAUUUAGGUGUCUAUCAGAGCAUCACGAAAUAUGCUUGUGUAACUCUCAAAAGUUGGUUAAAACUGAAACUAACCUAACCUACUGGUCACAAAGUUGUAUCUGUAGUCAGGCUGUUUUUGUUAGCCACUCCAGGAGUGUGCUGGUCACUCUGGUCAUAUGUUUUGCCUUUGUCGGGAUUAUUGUAGACACACAAUCAAAUGUGCUAUGGAAAAAAAGACACACUGGACAUCUGUUUCACAAAUCAUGCUUCACUAGUGACCAGCACCACAUUGGAGUGACGUUCUCGACAGUCUGGGGUCACUGCUGUCAGUUUUAGAAAGUGAACAUGUUGUUUUUUUCAAGUAUGUGCCAUGGUCUUUUGGAAUGUUUGUAUGACAUACCACACAUUACCUGGAUGCUCACCUGUCCCUGGCCGUUUUCAGAUUCACUGUGUUCAGGUGGCAUGAGAUGUAAGUGCAGGGCAGUCUGAUAAUCCACUUCCAGUUUUCCAUUUCUCGCGCAUCUCUCCCUUUGCAUUAAGGAAUACGGCAUAUUUAUGGAAGGAGGCUCUGAAGGUGUCCAAACUUGCCGUCACAAAUCACAUUGUAAAGUAUAUUAAUUCAUACUUAAGUGAUAUCCAGUGCAUUAAAUAGGGUUUACCUCCAGUUGUGCAAAGAGUAGCACAGUGGUGAACUGUCAUAGUACAAUGAUUAUUUGAUUUUCAUGUGAGGUACCUGUGCUGGUUGUGAUGAUCUGACAGGACAGGAGUGUUCUUAUGUGUCUUCAGGGUGUCGCCACUAUAUGACGUAUCUCACUUUCGGACCAGUCACACCUCCCUAUAUAGGGCACCACCCUUUCUUUCAGCUCUUCUGACCAGGCUGUACCUCCAGACCCAUAGACCAGCCUGCAUCUGAAAAGAAAAAGGCUGCUCCCUGAUUGGCUGGAAAUCUGUCCAAAAGCAGCCACCAAUCACACGCAAUUAUGAACAGGCAAGCAUCAUAGAGUUGGAGUAAAGCGAAGCUGAGUACUCAGAUUGUCGAAGCAUCACUCGGUAGCAAAAGUUCAGAGAAGAGUAGAGGUUUUCAGAUGCUCAAAUAAGGUACCACAUUUUCAUAAACAUUUACUGAAUCAAGUAAUUUCUAACUUACAGAGUUUUUAUGUUGACCAUAACUGAGAUAAUAUGUUAUGCAGGGAAUUCCAAAUAUUGUAUACCAUUUUUAUAUACUGAGCUUUGAUAUGUAAAAUGUUUUCCUUUUUUAAAUCUCAUUAUUUUGAUGAUAUUACAGAUGUUGUUAGUGUGAUGCAACAUUUAAUUAAAUGGACCUCCAUGAAUUGUUUUUAAUUGUAAUUGAUUUUAAACCUGUCAAAAAAAUCAGUAUAUUAAUUAUAUUUUAAAAUUUGUCUGAUUUACUCCUAUAUGGCAUUUAUGUAUUUCUAAACUGUAUAAAUAUAUGAAAUGAUAUCCUGCUUAACAGAACAUGGCAGUUUAUGAUAAAUAGAACUUAACUGACCUUUUAAAAAAAAUGCUAAUCUGUACGCUGUUUAUUAACAAGCCGUGCAUUUUCUGGGUUAUCCUUUUGCCACGCUUACUGUGAUGACGAUGAACUUGUGUCAGCAGAAGUAUUGACAUCAAUGUUGGGUGUAACAUUCACUCUGAAUUUCUGACUAACAAAUAAAAAUGUCUUAACAAUU